AUGCAAACCAAAACCCUAAUAGCUCACCUUCUUCCUCACCCCCGUCUCCUCCCUAACCUUAAUCGCAGCACCUCACUUUCCCUCUCACCCUUCUCCUUCACGCCUCCACUUCCAAAACUCCGCUCCUCCGCGCCAAUACGGCGUCGUAAUACUGUCUUCACCGCUUGCCUUCGCGAAAACCUCGACUGCGCUCCGGGCGAUGGAAACGACGCCGCUUUGGUUAAGGCUGAGGAAUUGGAGAGUCGGAGUAUAUGGGAUCAGAUGAAGGAGAUUGCAAUGUUCACUGGUCCGGCUACUGGGCUGUGGCUGUGCGGCCCACUUAUGAGUCUCAUUGACACUGUGGUCAUCGGUCAGGGAAGCACAAUUGAGCUUGCUGCGUUAGGCCCAGGAACUGUAAUGUGUGACUAUAUGAGUUAUGUGUUCAUGUUCCUUUCUAUUGCGACAUCGAAUAUGGUUGCCACUUCACUUGCCAGACAGGACAGGAAUGAAGUGCAACAUCAGAUAUCUAUCUUGCUCUUUCUUGGUUUGGCGUCUGGCUUCUUGAUGCUUUUAUUUACAAUAUUCUUCGGUUCAAGGGCACUAACUGCUUUUACUGGAUCAAAGAAUGCAGAGAUUAUUGCUGCAGCAAAUACUUAUGUUCAGAUACGAGGAUUGGCAUGGCCGGCACUCCUUGUGGGUUGGGUUGCUCAGAGUGCAAGCCUUGGCAUGAAAGAUUCUUGGGGUCCUUUGAAGGCCUUGGCUGUGGCCAGUGUUAUAAAUGGUGUUGGUGAUGUAUUCCUGUGCAGCUAUUUAGGCUAUGGCAUUGCUGGUGCAGCAUGGGCAACUAUGGUGUCACAGGUUGUUGCAGGAUAUAUGAUGAUUGAAGCUUUGAACAAAAAAGGUUACAAUGGUUAUGCCCUUUCUGUUCCAUCGUCCAAGGAAUUUCUAACAGUACUUGGGCUUGCUGCUCCAGUAUUUGUGACAAUGAUGUCAAAGGUGGCUUUCUACUCUCUCCUUGUCUAUUUUGCAACAUCUAUGGGAACACAUACCAUGGCUGCUCAUCAGGUCAUGAUACAAACAUUCUGCAUGUGUACAGUGUGGGGUGAACCUCUCUCUCAAACUGCACAAUCAUUUAUGCCAGAAUUUUUAUUUGGAGUGAAUCGAAGUUUGCCUAAGGCCCGUACAUUGCUCAAGUCACUUGUCAUCAUCGGAGCUAUUCUUGGUUCCGUGUUAGGAAUAGUUGGAACAUGUGUUCCAUGGUUCUUUCCCAAUAUCUUUACACCUGAUCAAAAUAUCAUACUAGAGAUGCAUAAGGUGCUAAUACCUUAUUUCCUUGCAUUAGCUGUAACGCCCCCGACUCACUGCCUUGAGGGAACAUUACUGGCUGGACGAGAUCUGAGAUUUAUUAGUCUGUCAAUGAGUGGAUGCUUCUCUUUGGGUACACUUCUAUUGCUGCUUGUGAGCAGUAGAGGAAUUGGUUUAGGAGGCAUCUGGUGGGCAUUGGCAGGAUUUCAAUGGAGUCGAUUUUUCCUCUCUCUAUGCCGCCUUAUAUCCCCAGAUGGCGUACUUUACUCUGAAGAUAUGAGCCGGUAUAAACUGGAAAAGCUCAGAGCUGUUUAGUGUAGUAAAUAGAUGAAUACCUGACAUAAGUUGUAACACCUUGAUAAGGACUAAAAUUCAUGUUUUGUUUCUACUUUAUCGAAGAUUGGCACACAACUAGUGGUGAAAAGGCUGCCCCUAUUUCUUUUAUCUGUAAUAUGAGGCUGCCUCUAUUCAUUUAUCUACAAGGACCUUGGAAGUGGAAAUGUGGAAGGGAGGUGCUGCCCCUAGAUUUAGUAUACAGGUGGAGCCAAUGAUGGUCCCGAUAUGUAGUAUGUCGUCUAAGCAGCACCUUGUUCUCUUUCAUCACUUCUUGUAAUUAAG